AUGAAGUCCAAGUCGCAGACAGCUCCCUCUGCUACGGAUGACGUCAAGCCUGAUGGUGCCUGCGUGAAUGGCCACGUUUCAGGCGCAAAGGUCAAAGUAGAGGAGAAGAUGGACGAGUCUCAGCUGACUCGGCUGGCGACUGGCGUAACUGUCGAUGCUGGGCCUUCAGCAUCUGCUGCGCCCCCAACGAAGACAGAGAAGGCUGCCUUUGUCGAGUUGCGCAAGGGCAUAAUCCAAAUAACCGCGGUGGAGAAUGAUGGAUCCCCUCGUUCACUGGUCAUUUUGACUGGUUUAAAGACUCUUUUCCGCACGCAACUACCAAUGAUGCCUCGAGAAUAUAUAGCUCGUCUGGUGUACGACAGGAACUCCAAGGCGCUAGCAAUAAUAAAACGGGGGUACAAGGUGGUCGGUGGCAUUUGCUACCGUCCGUUCCCUCAUCGAGGUUUCGCGGAGAUAGUCUUUUUCGCGACGGCGUCAGUAGACCAAGUCAAGGGGUACGGAGGCAUGCUCAUGGAUCAUUUCAAGGCUCACAUCCGGAACACCUAUCCCAACAUCAUGCACUUCCUUACCUAUGCAGACAAUUUUGCCGUCAUUUUUUUCAAAAAGCAGGGCUUUUCGAAGGAUAUUACUUUGGAUCGAUCGGUAUGGGCUGGGUACAUAAAAGACUACGAAGGGGGUACUAUCAUGCAAUGCACUAUGCUGCGCAAGGUCAACUACCUGGACAAGGCGAACAUCAUUGCGAAACAGCGUGGUGCGGUCGUCGCGAAGAUUCGCGAGAAGUCGAAGUCGCAUGUCAUAUACCAGGGCUUGCCGCAAUUUCAGGAGGGUGCACCGGAAGGUGUAACCGUAGAUCCUAAGGACGUUCCAGGGCUUCGAGAGAGUGGAUGGACCCCUGGCAUGGCUUCAUACCUGUCCUCAACACCAAGAAGCGCCGAACAGAACUUUAUACACCGACUUCUCGGAGACCUAAAAGCUCAUCCGAGCGCAUGGGCAUUCUUGAAUCCUGUUAAUGGAGAGGAGGUCGUCGAUUAUUACGACGUCAUCAAGAGACCUAUGGAUUUCAGCACGAUGGAGCAUAAACUCAAUACGAAUCAAUAUUCGAACAUAAAGGCAUUUAUCGACGACACCCAGUUGAUAUUCGACAACUGCCGACUUUACAACCCAGAAGGUUCCGUUUACGUGAAGCACGCAGCAAAGCUCGAAAAGUUUAUGAAAGAGCAACUCAAUGAUCAUGCCAGGAGGUUGGCAUGA